UGCAAAUCUCGACGAGGGGGUCGGCUGGCUGUACAGAUGGUGUCUCUCUCUCUGUCUGUCUGUCUGUCUGUCGGCACACCGACGCCUCAGGUCUCAUGACACAUACACGCAUAUGCAUAAAGCAUCAGACAGACACCACACUACCUACCACGCCUCUAUGCAUCAGUCUAGUCUGUCUGCUCCCACAUCCCCACAGCUAUCUCCAUCCCCACUGUCAGCGGCAGCUGGUCCACCCACCCGCCCUUCACCAGCCGACCCAACACACAGCUUCGCUCCUCCCCUCCCACACAAUCCAGCAACAGCCGCCGCCCAACCACCGCAUAUGCAGAACGCCGUGGCCUCCGACCGCCAUCGCCACUCGCCAGCUGCAGCAGCCGGUCCGCCAGCUCCAGACGAGGCACGGUUGGCAGCAUGUGCUUGAUGCCUGUCAGUGUGGCGUCCAGGAGGGAGGGUGUGAGAGAGGCACAUGGGGUGCUCCUGAGGGCGGCCAGGAGGAAGGGCAGCAGGGAAGACGGAAGGCCGCCUUUGGUCAGCUCCGGGACGACACCACACGCGUAUCCGAGACGCACAAACCCGUGGAUGCCCUCUGCUUCCCCCAGCAACAGCUCCACAAGCCCGCUGCGAAUGUGGAAGCCCAGAACGCCGCCCUCCGGCUCACUCUCACACACAUCCAUCCCUCCAGCCCCUCGCAGCACUGCCACAUCGCCCAUACAAGAGUGCUGAUGCAGCUGCACCUCUGCAGGCCCGAUAGCCGGCACAGCAAGGGCCAAAGCGAGCCGGCAUAUCCACUCGGUGAGCUGGUGUGCGAGGGACCGGUCGUCAUGUGCCCACAAUAGAGGCAGCAUGCGGACGAGGUAGGAGGCGAGGUUGCGGAUGGCCUGCUCAGGCACCUGGAUGAAUGAGGGGCGGGGGGGCGAGGGGCAGCCGAGCGACGACGAUGAGGCCAGUGCAAGCUGGCCCACAGCAUGGCUGGUGCGCAGGGUGAUGGAUGACGCGCAGGGGAACAUUGGCGCGCUGUGAGACCGGCUCCCACCGCCUAGGAACACACAGACAGACAGCGCACAGCUGUACCAGGGUGUCGUGUCUGUGUGUGGUCUGUGUGUACGGUGUCCGCUCACUCACCGAUAGUCCAAAGGCAGACGUUCCAUGGGACCACAGCGGGAUAGCUCCUCACAGCCAGCUCCACCGGGCCGCACACGCCAUCGCCAGCACUCACGGCACCGCCAGCGCCAUUGCCGUCGGCCUGCUUCUCGUCGCUCUGCGUCUCGUCGGGAGAUGGGGACUGCGACGGGGCGGCCGGGGAGUUGCUCUGUGGAGCGACAAGGGGUGGUGGGUUGGCGAAGUCUUGCUGCAGCAGGCAGUGCAGGGUGGCGAGAUCGGUGCCGUGGGCACCGUAAUGGGAGUACCUGCACACAGACACAUACACAGGGAGGCGACAAGGCGUGUGCCAGUCUCAGCUUGAAUACUCCACGUGUGCGAGCCAGCUUCACUUACGUGUUGUAGAUUUCUUGUCUGCUGGCCUCGCUGUGCCUGCCCACCACGAGCAGUCUCCUGGCGGCCUCGCCCCAUCCCAUCCCGUUCACGGCAAUGGCCGCCCUGCCCCUCGCACACUCCACCUCAUCGGCCCCCUUCCUUGCCACCUGCACGUCCUUCGACCGUGAUGGGUCGCGCAGCACCACUGUGCGACCGUCAUGCGGUGCGACGGCCGGGAAGAAUGCAUCACUGAAGCGGCACGCCGUGGCCUGGUCCCACUUGCUCUCGAUGAGCUGGAGCAGCUCGCGGGGCGAUGCUGUGUGACAAAUCCUUUCGAGCAAGGACGUUUCGUUGCCCUCUGCUGCUGCUGUCGUUGCUGUUGGUAGCGCCACGUCUGCCGUCCUGGGCAGGAGCUCCAUCGUCGGCCACUGUUUACACCUGAGCAGACCCAUUGCUUCCACGAGGCUGGCUGCCGCAUAAGUGACCCACACACAGGCCCUAGCCACGCGUGUGUCCGGCAUGGACAGCUGACGGUGGUGGUGGGUUUGGGUGUUGUUGGGGGGCAUGAGUGGCCGGCUGGAUGGGGGCGUGAUGGGGUCGUGCUGGGGGUCUGAUGGGGAGGGGUCAUCGGUCUGUAUGGUGGUGGAUGUGUCGGUGUCGUGCCGGUCGCUAGAGGCAUGCUUGGCCGUAUCGGACGAAUCGAGCGAAGAGGGACGCAUGUACUGAAGUGCACCACAAACGGCCGUCCACACAGGGCGACUGACACGUGAGUGUGCUUGUAUGCUGUCUGGGAUGGGAUGCUGUGUCUGACCUUGGUGGAUAGGGUCGAGACGAAGAAGUCCCCUGCGUGCUCCACUGCUGCCUCCGGGUCACUCAGGAAGGUCACCCAGUGCUUCGAUGCCGCCUCACUCCAGUCAGGCAACGACACGCCAUGACUUGCAUCCGUCCCCUGCAGCCGCUCGCCAUCCUCCGGAGGCCCCCCCUCAUCGGGCUUCCAGCCCUCAGAUGGCUCUCCCAGGUCGUGUGCCAUCUCUUCACCACCGACACCCCCGCCCCGUCCCACCAUGGUCAGGUACCGCCUCACCUCCCCACCUCUCUCCUGGAUGGCGCUCCUCAGAUGCGACGCGAGUGUCCACGCUAUCGUCAGCCCGCUGGACUGGUCGGCCCCGCGAGAGAUCUCUCGCGACCCCUCCUUUGUCUGCUCGACCAGCGUGUCGGCUUCGAUCUUCACCGAUGGGGAGGCUACCAUGACGUGCAGCGCCUCAAGAGCCUCACGAUAGCCGGCCGACGACCAGAACGUCUUGGCGUCGAGCAGCCACUUGGCCAGAGCUGACAGGGUCUGGUGAGAAGACGCCAAGUCGACAGAGAGUGGCUGGUCGCAACGCAGCAGGGGGGGCGGACAGAUGGGCGGUGGCGCCAAAGACGGGGCAGCCACCUCACCCACUGGUGGCGACACAGGGGCGACGGCUGGCUUCUCCUUCGGCCCGUGACGCGGCUUCUUGCGUCUCGGAAGUGCGUGUGACGGUGGGGAGGCGUUUCUGGCCCGUUUGGUGAGCAUCGAGGACAUGAAGGGGUCUGACGGGGCUGCGGGGUAGGGCUGGUGCAGACGGGAGGUGACGAAGGGGAAAGAGGUGGGCGGGCCGACCUGGCCCUUUGCCAGCACAUCGACCAAACCCUCCUCAAACACCUAAUACAUUCCCAAGACAACAGCCAGCAGCUUGCCGUGGCAUAUUAAUUGUGGUGUGUGUGACACACACACACCACACACACCUGUCGGUAGAUGUCGGGUUUGUUGCCGGGCAGCUGUCCCGCCUCCGCCACGCACGCCCACCGGCUCUCAAACACCACACACGACGGCACUCCGCCGUCAGCGUCAUCCGCCUCGCCACCCCGGUCGUCCGCCAUUGCCGCACGGGGGAAGUUGGUCAGAGGGGCAGGGAGAGUGAAGGUGGGGUCUGACGCGUGCAGCAGCGUCUCCCAUGUCCGCAGAGUCGUGAGCAAAGCGGACGACUGGGGGAGCGACUCGACGCUGGGAAGAGACGGAGGCCGGUCGGGUGACGUGAGCAGCCGGAGCACGGGAACGAGCAUCUCGAUCGUUGAGAGCAACUGCAGGCGAGAUGGAUGACACAGCCGGUGCUGCAAAUGUGUUGUGAGGUGUCGAGAAGCGCCAGGUGUCGUGUCGCCACUCACCCUGUCUCUGCUUCCGUCCGUCAUCGCAGUCUUGUCUGUGGGCAGGCCGCAUUCAUCACGAAACGCCUCCGACGCCACCUCAUCCACCACACGCCCAAUCACCUCCUUGGCCCACUCGGCCAGCCUCACUGUACCGCCCCCGCUCUUCAGCCCCUCACCAGUCGGCUCGCGGCCGCCCACCGACGGGCUCGACGCCGGGCUGCUGACAACGGAGCCAAAGGCUUGCGUGACGCCCUCCACCAACGCCCCCACCAGAGCGGCUCGACUCUCCCUCAUCGCGAUGAGCGACAGAGUGCCGUCAGCCGCCAGCAUCCACAGGACGUGCCACCGAGCGUCAUAUUUGGCGUCGACAGCGCUGCCUGCGGCCGUCCACUCAUGCUCGACAGCGAUUCUGUCGACGUUGCAGAGAAGGACUGAUGGCGAGAGGGGGGCGAAGGAGACGAGGCGCGACGACGACACGCUCUGCAGUAGAUGGAGGGAUGGCGGAGGGGCAGUGGGGUGGGUGAACCGCAGAGUGGUGAGCACGAGGCCGUGCGAGUCCGCCACCCACAGCCGACCGCCUGGACGGGCAGAUAGGAUGCUGUGUGCGGUUUUGGGGGACGACCCAUCGGCAUCUGUUGGAAGGCAAAAGGGACUCUGUGGAUGUGAGUGGCACCAUUUCGAUGGAAGGACGCGUAGCUCGUCUGCCUACCCUCCGUAUGUGUGGGGGCGUGUGGUGGGUGUUGCUGUCUUGGUGUCCUCCAGCAGGCAGCGUGCUGUCCCUGGUGGGGCUUCGACCCGAUAUGUGUGAGGCCCACGCCGCCCUCCCACUGAUACACACCAUUCCGACUCUCCCCUGGAUAUAUAAACCAAUCAGCCAACCAACCACACGCACAAGUUGCUCGGCUCUCCCUCCCUGUCUGUCUCUUGCGGACCGGAAACGAGCAGAGGCGCUCUGGAUGCUUGUCCGGCACUGCAGCUGGCGAAGCCACCGGAUGCAGCUGACGCCACGGCAGGGGCAUCGUCACUGUGCGCGGUGCCGUCCUCCUGGGCGAAGAAUGCGUCCAGGCCAUCUAGUGACGGGUCGGCGCUCGUGGGCGCCACAUCGAGACCCGUGACGCCGCCGCACUGCAGUAGACAAAGACCGACACAGACAUCUUGGUCUGGCCGGCUAUUAGAGGUGGGCCCACCUCUCCAUUGACCAGUAGCUGGGCGGCACACAAGGCUGCGUCGGAGCGCCUUCGUGACGACUGAACGAACACAUACACACACGUAUGGUAUGCACGUGAGAUGGCGCCUCAUGUGCUCACUGCACACUGAUGGUUUGUCUUCAAUCUAUCUAUCCGUGUCAGUCAGUCAGUCAGUGAGUCGCCCGCCCACCCACCCUCCCACCCACCCACCAGUGUCAUGAUAUGCGCCAGUGCGAUCUCCACGACGACUCCCCUGUCGUCCCCGACAUACAGACGGCAAUGGUCCCUACUCCAACACUGAGCAACAAACACAGCACGGCAUUCGAAACAAGAGCAAGAAAGCUUAGGGCAUGGUUGCGCAUAAAUGGCCACCCGACCACCCACCAUUGCCGUGAUGUGGUGGAGGCGAGUGGUGGUGGUGGUGGUGCCGUCGCCGCCGUCUUGCCCGGACAUGGUGUAGUGGAUGGGCUGCACCAGCUGCCAGCUCGACGGGUCACAUGGGUGCAGCACCACCAACACCUGCAUGACGUGACGAACAGACAGAAAGUCAGAAGAAUGUUACAACGGAAACCUGAGUGACAGACUGACUGACUGAUUGCGUGCCUGCGUUCAGCAGUCAGGCACUCAGUUAUUUACCUGUCCGUCUGCUGUGCCGACGGCCAGCGCCUCCCCAUCUGACGAUAACGCCGCCUGAAGGAACCAAAACAAACCAACCAACCAGGAUGCACACAGAAACGGCGAAUGAAUCCAUCGUAUCAAUCCAUCUACCUUAAGGUGUUCUAACGUUCACCCACCUUUGCUACGGCUGCAUCGGUCGGCAGGUCGACCCUCCCGCACAGCUCGAAAGGCCCCGCUGCAGUCUGCGACCUGCCAGGACAUCCACACAUAACUAACAUCCACACCUGUCUGUCAUCGGCCCUCACUCCUCUCAUGGGGUGAUUGACGCAGUGCAUUCACUCACUCACGGCCGGCUGGGCUCACCUGCCGAUGAGGAGGGCGCCUCUCUGGCCACCGAUAACGGUGAGAUCUCCGUUAGCGCCGAUGCAUGUCCAGGGAGAGCCGUCGGGUGGCAGGGGAAUGUCGAACCGAAAGAAAUACAGGUGCGGGGACUCCAUCCUUCAUGCCUCCACGGGCAUUCAUAUCCCUCUCUCGAAUCAAC